AUGGCUGCCAUCCCCAAGGGCAUCGCCGCCGUGCUUGCCAAAGCGCCCACAGACGUCGUCAUCCUCUCCUCGCUCCGCACGCCCGUCUGCCGCUCCCACCGCGGCCAGCUCAAGGACGCCUACCCGGAGGAGCUGCUCUCGGUCGUCCUGCGCGCGACCCUCGACGCGAACCCGGCCCUCGACCCGGCGCGCAUCGAGGAUGUCGCCGUCGGCGUCGUCCUCUCCGAACUCGGCGGCAGCAAGGCCGCCCGCAUGGCCAUGAACCACGUCGGCUUCCCCUCCACCACGUCUCUCUACACCGUCAAUCGCGCCUGCUCCAGCAGCCUGCAGAGCAUCGCCGCCGUCGCCGCCCAGAUCCGCACCGACGUCAUCGCCGUCGGCAUCGGCGCCGGCAUGGAGAGCAUGACCCGCAACUACGGCAGCCGCGCCAUCCCCGUCGACCUGUGGCCCGCCCUCAAGGAGAGCGAGAACAAGGACGCCCGCGACUGCAUCAUGCCCAUGGGCCUGACCUCGGAGAACGUCGCCGAGCGCUACGGCGUCAGCCGGGCGGACCAGGACGCUUUUGCCGUCAAGAGCCACCUCAAUGCCGCGAGGGCGAGGGAAGAGGGGCGCUUUGCCCAGGAAAUCGUCCCGGUGACGACCAGGUUUCAGGAGGUAGACAAGCAGGGGAACAAGGUGGGCGACGAGCAGACCAUCACAGUCACCGCGGACGACGGCAUCCGAGCCAAUGCCAGCAUCGAGGGCCUGGCCAAGUUGAAGCCGGCGUUCAAGGAGGGAGGCGCCAGCACAGCGGGCAACUCGUCACAGGUCAGCGACGGUGCUGCGGCGACAUUACUCAUGAGGAGAAGCACGGCCACUGAGCUGGGCCUCACAGGUAGCAUCAUGGGCAAGUUUGUUGCCGCCACGACAGUCGGCUGUGCCCCUGACGAGAUGGGCAUUGGCCCCGCCCUGGCCAUCCCGAAACUGCUGGGCCAGCUUGGCUUGAGUAACAAGGACGUGCAGCGGUGGGAGAUCAACGAAGCGUUUGCCAGCCAGGCGAUCUACUGCUUGCGGGAGCUGGGCCUAGAGAAGGAUUGGGAGGACGGUAAGGUCAACCCCGAUGGAGGCGCCAUCGCCCUUGGCCACCCGCUUGGCGCAACUGGUGCGAGGAUGACGAGCACUUUGAUGCAUGGAUUGAAGCGAGAUGGUGGAGAGGUCGGUGUUGUGUCCAUGUGUGUGGGCACGGGCAUGGGUAUGGCUGGAUUAUUCGUCCGGGAAUAG